AUGGGGAAGACUCUAAUUGCCGUCAUGCUUAUGCAGGCUCGCCGUCAGAUGCGGGAGAGGAGUGGCAAGAUAUGUGUCUUCCUGGUGCCAGCGGUUGCUCUGGUGAUUCAGCAAGCGGCAGUGGUGGAGCAGCAGACGGACAUGCGGGUGGGGAAGUACAGCACAGACACAGAGAUCAAAUACGAGGCCGCAUGGGUGCAGAAACAGGUCUCCCAGCAUGAGGUGCUGGUGAUGACGCCUCAGGUGCUCGUGAACCUCCUGCAGCACGCCUUCCUGUGUCUCUCUUCAGUGGAUCUCCUCAUAUUCGACGAGUGCCAUCACACCGCCAAGGACCAUGCCUACGCCACAAUCAUGAAGACGUGGUACUUCUCCCUGAAGCAGGCGGACCGGCCGCUCAUAUUCGGCAUGACAGCGUCGCCCAUCAACACCAAGGGCAGCGGGUCGGAGGAGUCGUGCGUGCAACAGCUGCUUGACUUCGAACGCAUUCUAGACUCCAAGCUCUACACGGUUCUGGACAGGUCGUGUCUGGUGGAGGUGCUACCCAGCGCGCAGACCAUCCAGUCCCACUACGACCCCCCUGGGGAGGAGCAGGCGGAGGUGCUGGUGAAGCUAAGGGAGAGGGUGGAGAAGGAGAGGGAGGGGAUGGUGCGAUGGAUAGAGGAGGAGGGGAGGAGAGUGGUAGAUGAGAGUGGAGGGACGGGGCAGGAGGCGGGGAGCGAGGGGUGGGUGGAAGAGGGGAGGGGGGAAGAGCAGGGGAGGGAUGGGCACCAAGGCGAUCGCCAACCCAACCACCAGCAGAGGUGGACAGCAGCGUAUGGGGAGGUGCGGCGGAGGAUGGUGAAACGAGUGAAGUACUUUGCAGGAGCCCUGGACUGGUGCCUUACUGACCUCGGCCGCUACCCCGCAUUCCUGGCUCUGCACUCGCUGCGUGCUCAGGCAGCCAGUGGGGGCAUGGACCAGCAUGAAGAGAACGCCCGCCUGCGGAACGCGUUUGCGGCCGUCCGAUUGGAGUUCAUCAACCGCUGCGAGGCGUUCCUUCGAUGUGGAUUACCACCCGAGGCCAAGGCACCAGGCCCAGGCUGA